UUCCGGUUUAUUUAUCCUCUCGUCUUUCUUCAUUACACUCUGUCUUCUAGUAAUCAAACAAUUCAAUAAUAAAAAAAUAUGGCUAAUAUAGCAGCGCAACGUAUUAGAAGAGAAAUCAAGGAGGUCAUGAAAAACGAAGAGACGGCCGGUGCAUCUAUAAAAUUAGAAUUAAUAGACAACCGCUGGACAGAAUUGAAGGGCGAGAUCGGAGGACCACCAGACACGCCAUACCAAGGCGGUACAUUUAUUCUCGAAAUAAAAGUACCAGAAACAUAUCCCUUCAACCCCCCUAAGAUCCGUUUCUUAACGAAGAUCUGGCAUCCAAAUGUAUCAUCAGUAACAGGCGCGAUCUGCUUAGAUAUCCUCAAAGACCAAUGGGCGGCUGCCCUCACGCUGCGCACAGUGUUACUCUCCAUUCAAGCGUUGCUCGCAGCCGCAGAACCCAAUGACCCACAGGACGCCGUCGUCGCCAAACAGUACAGAGAGGACCCACAUAUGUUUGAGAUGACGGCAAUACAUUGGACGAAUGUAUACGCUGGAGGGCCAACACCAGUCUUCGAAUUCAAUCAGAAAGUGAGAGUUCUUACUGAGAUAGGAGUCAACGAACAAGUGGCAAGGGUAGCUCUAUCUACGUACCAUUGGGACAUCGAACGGGCCACGGAGGAAAUUUUUAGUUAGUGUCAUUGUGUAUUUACUUAAUAAUUAGUUUGCUCCAAUAACACUAAUGCAGCAAAUCAUCAUGAUUUUGUGAUCCACAUUAUUUUACUUGAUAUUGAUUCAUUAAUUCUUAAUUAAUUUUGAGCUUUCUUUUAAAUGUUUAUAAAUUACUAUGUAGUAGGUACGUAUUUUUUUUCUAAUUCAGUGUAGAAUAUUUCCAAGACGGUAAUAUAUUUUUUUGAAUUUUAUUAAAUUCUUGUGCUCCAAUAAAAUUACACGUUAGGUAAUGAAUGCUGUACCAUACAAUAUUUGCACCCUGCAGAUAUAGUUCAUAUCAUUCACACAUAAAUAUCACGAGGUUUUCUGAGAGUGCUCGUUAAUGACAUUUUUUAGAGUGGUAGCCUUAGGUUUGAUCAUAAUAUAAUUCAGGUCAAUAAUGAUACAUUGUUAUUUUUGCAUUAGUGUAUACAGUCGUGAAAAAUAUAUACUUAUAACGCGCUUUAUUUUAUAGAUAUAAAAUAGAGCCUAUUUUUACUCGAUUUACAGGCGGAUAUUAUAAGUGAAAAAGAUAGAAUCACAUUAAUAAAUUGUCACGAUGUCACUGACAAAUUUUUGGUUUCUCAAUAUUAUUAUUUUACAUAAGUCUAUUAAAGUUGUUAUACUAAAAUUGUAUGUGGUGUGUGUAAAAGUGUAUAUAAAUAGUUAAUCUUAAAUGUGACUCUACAUUUAUCUAAGCCGAAACACCAGUUUAUUGUUUCUAUCCGAUUAAGUGUUCAAAUAUAUGGUUAAUAUAACCAAAGAACUGCGGUUCCGAACGUUAACAAACAUGUUUGCUGUUUAUAUAAACGUAAACAUAGAUUGACACAGAUAAAUUAUUUGAAAUACUUAGCUACUUUUAGGGAAAUUAAAAUUAUAAUUUUUACUCUUAAAUGCCGCAAUUAAUCAAAGGAGUUGAAAUGUGGGCAAAAGAACAUGUUACUACGACGUCAGUUCCAAGAGUCGUUGUCUGCCAGUGAGUUUCCAGUGAGAAUUAGCGUUUUAUUUACUGUAAUUUACACUAUCGGUCUCAUCUAUACAAUUAUUUAUUCGUAUGUUGGCAGCAUUAUAUACAUUUCCACUUGUUUGCAAUAUUUAAAAAUAUUGUAUAUUUAAGUACUACAUCUUUUUUUUAUUUAUAUUUUUAGAAACACACACUGAUAAAGUUACGGAAUUUCAUAAAUUGCUGUCCUUGACUAAUAACAACUAGUUGGAUUAAUUAUUUAUAAUACUCCACACGAUUCUGGCGUAAAUAUUUGCUAUGAUUUGUUAUGUAAAAUGAAAAAAUAUAAUGAUCUUAUAUUUUUCUGAUAUAUCACCCAACAUCUGUUUCUCUACUUAAUAUAUUUUACUCAACAUUACCGUUGCAUCUUGGUGAUUGUUAACUACGUACGCUUUUACUACACGUAAAAUUUUAUAUAGAAAAUUGUUUCUAAAAAACUAUUUCACUAUAUUCUGGUAUGUUAUGACAUAGAAUCUCUAUGGAAUAUAAAAAGUAUUUUGAGGUCUUUAUUUAAAAAGAAAUUAUAUUGAGCACAUCCCUCGCGUAGCUGAAAAUCUAUGAAAUUUGGAUACUUUAAUACUGACUAUAUAUUAUCUCUUAUAUUUGAUAUUUAAGUCGGAGUCGAUUCUGAAGAACCAUUCCAUAAAAUGAUUUCAAAAAUUAAAAUUUUAAAGGUUAAUUUAGCGAAAGUGCCUAUUAUGUUACGUAUCAUCAAGAACUAAAUUUAAAUUAGUUAUGUUAUAAAUUUGGUGCAUAUUGGACCAAAUGAUAUACUAACAGUUUUACUGUAAUAUUAAUUAUUACAAUUCAAAUUUUGAUUUUAAACAUAAAGGACGAUAGUUUAGUAUUGACUCCACUCAUAAUUAUAGUCAGAGAUGUUUUAUUGAUUUUUGCCGUUAUGCCUAAAUUCACCGAGUAUUAUGUACAGAGUUUGCGAACAUAACAGAAAAAUUGCCCACACAUUAUUUAUCAGCAAUCAUAAUAAACCGGAUUAAAGUACGAAAAAUAUUUUAGAUUAUUUAGUGGAUGCCAAUUUUUUUUUUUUAUUAGUUAUGUUUGUUUUAAAUAUGACGUGAAAAUCUACAUAACACAUAUAUGUUUCCAGAAAAAAGUCGACUUUUUGUCAACUGGCAAUACUAUACAGUUCACUUCUAAUUGUUGUACGACCUACAUAUUUUAUUUCUAUCAUUUUAACAUAUAAAAUUCACAAACAUAACUGUGAUAUUUUAAGAAAACAUAAGUCAUACAUUUUUGAAGUUUUUUUUUUAACGCGAUUGACAUAACAUUUUUCAGUUAACCAAUAAAUAAACGCUUACUACCAUAAGGAAUAAAAUAUCUGUCUUAUUGUUUGUUUUCUAUAUCUUUCUAUCUUCUACAUGUAUGUCGUAUGGUAAUUUGUUUUUUAUUUUCUUGUAAAGCCAUUUCAAGUUUACUAGUAAAAAUCACUAUGCAAAAACUAUCAAACAGUUGAUAGUUAUUGCGUAUUUGUCAAUCAAUUAAAAAUGAGUUUUAAAAUUGUACACAAUUUUAUUUAAUAUCGAUUGAUUGAUUGAUUGAUGUGGUUUUUUUGGAACAAAUUCUACUUUUUAUAAAUGAUUUAAAGCACACCCUUCUUCAGUGUUACAAAUUAACUAAUUCAAUUUUAUAGAUUUUUACAAUAUGAAUUGAUUUUUUUUUACAUAAAUUGCAUGUAUCUAUAUGUUACAUUACAUUCACACACCCACUGACGCAUCGGAUGUUUCUAAAAUACAAGUUCAUUAAAAUAAUAAAGUUGAGCAAUUUUUACUAAAACCUUUGUAAUGGAACACCAUACAUGUAAUUCUUGAACCCUACAUGAAUUCUGCUAAUAAGUUUUUAAUGAAAUAUUGUUUAAUGAUGAGCAAAAAUAUAAUGCACCACGAGUUGUCUGCUCUCAGUUAGACGCAAGUAAGGGUUGCUACUAAUCAUGUUUAUAGCCAUUUUUUUUAUAGGCAACCAUAUGCUACCGUAUAUAGAAGAAUGUUCUGUCGGUUUUAAACCAAAUAACAUGAUUUACCAAAAUUUUCACUUUUUCAGCUGGCAAUCCUAGAUUGUGGCUAACAGUCAUUGCACCCGGGUGCAUUGUAUUCUAGUUUCGCUCAUAUUUAAUUAAAUAGAACAAUAAGAAUAUAUAUAUAUAUAUAUAUAUAUACACUAAAAUUAAAACAAACAUACAAAGAUUUCUUUAGGCAACCUAACACAGUGACAUAGGAAGUAGUGAAUGGGCAGUAGUAGUGCAAAACAGAAACUAAAAUUAGUUUUUACAUAAAUUAUACGUUUAUAAUUCAAUGGCGGGAUCUUGGACUAUUAUCAUAUAUGUCGUUUUGAUGCUAAUAACGACCACGUCGGCAUCUCCAGAUUUUUUUUUUUUUUUAAUAAAGUAGUAUAAUAUCUUUUUGGUUCAUUUAUUUGGGUUUAUGUUUAAGACGAUUGGGGUGCGUGGGACGGGUUGGGACGUGGAUGGGAGUUAGGAUCAACGCAGACCGACUUGAUAGCAGAGAGAUUUGAUGUAACAAGCUAUGACUUCGUUGUUAUACGAAGAAGUAGUAACUCAGCAAGAAAGAGAGAAUAGCGCGAGAGAGAAAGAGAGAGCAAGAGACAGAGUGCGUCGUUUAGUAUACAUAGUGAUCAAUUUCCUGCUCAUUGUAAACGGGGUAUACACGGUGCUUUCUCCAACGGUCUGCGCUUAUAUUUAAUCGGCUCAAUAUGGAAAUGUACGCUUUAGAUUGAAAGACGGUUAUUUUAAAAUUUGACAGCUUAUCAAGGGAAAGUUAAUGUAAAUAUUGAUUACCGACAAUUUUAACUUAAGCUUCCUAUCUAAAGUCUGUUUAAUAGUAUAUUUUAAAUGCCCAAUUAUAUGAUAUGUGUAAUAAUAAUAAUAAUAAAUCUUUUAUUUUCAGGUAUAUACCCAUAGGUUACAGUUAUUAUGAUUAAAAUUUCUUUUAAAUAAUUUAUUACAAUUUUUACAUUAUUAAUUAUACAAACUAUUAUUUUAUUAUAAAAUCUGUUGUCGUCAGGUACUCAUAAUAAAUUCAUUAUUUUUAUUGUCACGUUUUUAUCGGCAAUUACAGAAACAGCAAUAUGUAUGCAAAUAUGUGCAAUACAAUUUGUGGGGGAUGAUUAUUUCCAAAUAAUUAAAUGCGUUCAUAACUUGUUUAUCGAACUUUUUAAAUAAACAAUCAGAAACAUGGAAAAUUCUUAUAUCAUUUUUGAAAAUUAACGGGAAAUUGCGACUUUGCCACACUUCGGUAAGCAAAAUUAUGAACGCUUUAAAUAUGUAUUUAAUAUUUAGAUAUUUUGUACUUUCGAUUGAUUUUUGUAAUUGCAACAAAGAAUGCAACGUAUAUGUACAUACUUACACUUAUUUUAUCUCUGGCAGAAUGUUUCUAACAAAGUUUCUAUUUGAAAUAUUUCCAGAAAUCUACAAAUAUGUUUAGUUACUUGUAUACAGAUGUGGGACCGGAAUACCUAAAAGGUUCGAAUAUAUAUAUAUAUAUAUAUAUAUAUAUAUAUAUAUAUAUAUAUAUAUAUAUAUAUAUAUAUAUAUAUAUAUAUAACACUAUUUUUUUCAUCGUCAACAGGUAUCUGAAGCAUUGUUUAUCACGUUUAAUAUACAAAUAUAUUUUGCAUAGUUGCAAGUUUUCUCACGUUUAUAUAUUAUUUUCAUAUAUAGAUUGAAAAUGUGUAUUAUUUAUUAUUAUUUUAUAUAUUUAUCAACAAUAUGAAGCUUGCAAAUUGUUUAUUUCGUAAUGUGCGGUGUCGGUGGUAUGUUUCACACAAAACUUUAUGUAUACAUUUGUUUCGUUUCUUAAUCGUAACCGGAAAUGGGAUGUGUUAAGAAAUUUGAAAAACUGUCUUUUAAAAACCAUAUUUGCACUACAUUACACUAUCAAGUAUAUAGGAUCAUAUCUAGAUCAAACUAUGACAAUAUUGAUGUGCAUAUAUUACUCACUAAUCUUUUAUAGUUUUGUAAUAUCUUGCAUACCUUAAAAACACCCUAGGAAGAUCACUUUCAUUUCAGUUUGUGCCUUUCUAUUAAAAAAUAAGCAUAUGAUCAUAUGUAUUUGUCAGUGUAAUAAAUCCUUCAAGACUAAUAAAAUGGCUAUUAAUAUAGCUCCACUUAUCGAAGCGUGAUAUACUCGUGAUGAUGAUUGUUUUCAUUUUAAUAUAUACUUAAUAAUAUAAAAUUGUAUAUCCACUGUGAUUUAUCUGUCCAUAAUUUGGGUAAUACGUGGAGUAAUGUUAGAUAUAAAUGCAUAUAGGGUAGAGAGAUAGUUGGAUAGUUUAAGGUAAAUUUCACUAGUUGAAUUGUAAUCGGAGAUAUUUUUUUGGUUAUCAUCUUGGCCCGCCAGUUUAAAGAUAAUGAUUUUUAUGAAUAAAUACAUUUUCAGUGUGAAGAAUUGUUUUCCACUUAAAAGAGCAUUCAUUAUGCAGAAUGUAAUUUUAUUUCCUCGUUUUCUCAAUUCCAAACAUUAGAAAAAUUACGGAAGAACGAUAUUUAUUUUUAUGUUAACGAAUAAAUAAUUUCCAGAUAGACUUUCCAUUCAAUUAAUGUAGGAAAUAAAAUUUCUUACCUUAAAAAUAAAAGCGUUAAAUUAAUUACGCUAUGAAAUAUAUAGGAUUAUAACUAAAUCGAUAUAUCACGUUAUGUAAUUAUUAAUGCACUUUUAAUAUUUGAUGUAUUUACCUAAUCUUAUAUAGUUUAGUAAUGACUUAGUGAUAUAACGUUUCUAUCUUGUAUGUAUGGCUAAAAUAUUGGUAGGAUCCUAUAUAUUUGACAGUGUAAUAUAAGAUAUCCAUUAAUCGUUUUUAAUUGUGCAGCAUAUAGUUUAAGGACAAAUUUAUAAUUAUAACAAAUUAUAUGUAUUCUGCCCUACUAAGAAGAAAAAGUAAAAGUAAAAAUUUUAUGAAAAUAAGUGUAUAACAUUCCCAAAUACAGGAAAAAAUAUAGUUUUUAUGUAAUACCUGCAAUAAAGAUUUAAGUAAAUCAAACUUAUCAUAUUGUAUUUUACAUAAUAACAAACAAGUUACAUCAUAGUUUUUAUAUUAUUAUUUUCCCAAAACUAAAAUAUCAACAAUCACACUUUUUCUUUUUAAAAGGGCAAUAUUAUAAUAAUGAUUAAAUAGUCACUUUUUUAAUUGAAAUAUCCACGAUCGCCAUGCUCAUUAUAAUUUUUAUUAUCACUAUUUGCUAGAAUACUAACCUGCAUAUUACAUACGCAGACAAUAACUGAUGUAGGUUUAUGCCUUUACUGUGGUCUUUAUUCUUAAACCGUAACCCUAUGAUCGGUAUUCUGAUAUGCGAGUCAGUCGACAUCAAAUGGUACCCUUUAAUGUUUAUCGACUUGUUUGUCAAAAUAUCGACCCUGGAGUGAAGGCUUUAAGAAUUAACCUGUGAGUGUAGUUGAAUCAUUGUAUUUAUAUAUUAGAAGUUAAAUUAUCAAAUCACACAUGGAUUUAACAUUUAAUUACAAAAUUUGGUGUUCGUAAUAUUUGUGUUUUAUACAUUUAUAGCUAGCUAUUUUUGUAAUAAUUCUGUCAAUUAAUUCUAGUGCAGAUGUGAAAUGAUCAACAAUAAAUAUAAAAAUAAUAAUAAUGUAAAAAUAUAUAUUAUUUGCACUAUAAUUGUCACUAAGUUCAAUAGUGUUUAUAUUACCAUUAUUAAUUGGAUAAUGAUAACAUGAAACUUUAAUUAUUUCCGUUGUUAUAAUUAUAUUUAUAUUAUCCUUAAUUAUGACUUGUAGAUUUUUAGUUAUUAUUUGUAUAUGUAUAGAAUGUUUGAGGGUAACGAGGAUAGGAACUUUGAAAUGUAACUUCAAAAUAAAUAUCGUCGUACAUUCA